AUGCUUUCCAGCCGCUUAAUAUCCAGAGCUGUCGCUCGUCCAGCUGCCUUCCAGCAAUCUGCUGCCAUCGCCCCCGUCACUCUCUCUCGCUUCAGCCGUGGUCUUGCUACUGCUUCCGAGGACAAGGAUCUUGUCAUCAUUGGAGGUGGUGUUGCUGGCUAUGUCGCCGCGAUCAAGGCUGGCCAGGAGGGCAUGAAGGUCACCUGCAUUGAGAAGCGCGGUACUCUUGGCGGCACUUGUCUGAACGUCGGCUGCAUUCCCUCUAAGUCUCUCCUCAACAACUCCCACCUUUACCACCAGAUCCUCCACGAUACCAAGAACCGAGGCAUUGAGGUCGGCGAUGUCAAGCUGAACCUUGCCAAUUUCAUGAAGGCUAAGGACACUGCUGUCACCGGCCUGACCAAGGGUGUCGAGUUCCUCCUCAAGAAGAACGGUGUCGAAUACCUCAAGGGCGAAGGCUCAUUCGUCAGCGAGAACGAGAUCAAGGUUGCUCUGAACGAUGGCGGCGAGACCACUGUCCGCGGAAAGAACAUCCUUAUUGCCACCGGCUCGGAGGCUACUCCCUUCCCCGGCCUUGAGAUUGACGAGAAGCGCGUUGUUACCAGCACUGGCGCCCUUUCACUCGAGAAGAUUCCCGAGAGCAUGGUCGUCAUCGGCGGUGGUAUCAUUGGCCUGGAGAUGGCUUCUGUCUGGUCCCGCCUCGGCACCAAGGUUACCGUCGUCGAGUUCCUUGGCCAGAUCGGUGGCCCCGGCAUGGACAACGAGAUUGCCAAGUCUGCCCAGAAGCUUCUGAAGAAGCAGGGCAUCGAGUUCAAGCUCAACACCAAGGUUGUCAGCGGUGACGCGUCUGGUGAGAAGAUUAAGCUGGAUGUUGACUCUGCCAAGGGUGGCAAACCUGAAUCUCUGGAUGCUGAAGUCGUCCUGGUUGCCAUUGGCCGCCGGCCAUACACAGGUAACCUUGGCCUCGAGACCAUUGGCAUGGAGCUCGACGAGCGCGGCCGUGUCAUCAUCGACUCCGAGUACCGCACCAAGAUUCCCCACAUCCGCUGCGUCGGUGACGCCACCUUCGGUCCUAUGCUGGCUCACAAGGCCGAGGAGGAGGCCGUCGCGGUCGUCGAGUAUAUCAAGAAGGGCUACGGCCACGUCAACUACGGCUGCAUCCCAUCUGUCAUGUACACGUAUCCCGAGGUCGCUUGGGUGGGUCAGACUGAGCAGGACCUGAAGGCGCAGAACAUCCCCUACCGCGUUGGUACCUUCCCCUUCAGUGCCAACUCUCGUGCCAAGACCAACUUGGAUACUGAGGGUCUUGUCAAGAUGAUUGCCGACCCUGAGACGGACCGCCUUCUGGGCGUUCACAUCAUUGGCCCUAACGCUGGCGAGAUGAUUGCUGAGGGCACCCUUGCUCUUGAGUACGGUGCCUCGACUGAAGACAUUGCCCGCACUUGCCACGCUCACCCUACUCUCGCGGAAGCUUUCAAGGAGGCUGCCAUGGCUACUCAUGCCAAGGCUAUUCACUUCUAA